GCCUUUUCUUUUCGGUUUUUCCUAAGCUUCCCGUUGAUAGCGAAAAGAGCAGCAAGCAAGAGACUGAGAGACUGAACCCUUCUUCUUCUUCUGUUUCUCCUUCACCCUCUUCAUCUCCAACCUCUGCAAUUAAUGGAACUUACAUAUGGGUUCGUUGCAGUGAAGAUGAAGAUGAAACUCUGAUUAGCAAAUGGCUCCAUGGGCUUGUAACAUUUAAUCAUACUUGAGCAUCUUUGUUGUGAACUUAGCAAAGGAACUUCUUAAUAUUGUUGAAAUGAAUUCCACAAACAUCAAAGGGAGCUCAUCAUCAUCAUCAUCAUCAUCAUCAUCAUCAUCAUCAUCAUCUCGAAGGUUUAAGUAUGAAGUGUUUCUGAGUUUUAGAGGUGAAGAUACUCGCAGUGGUUUCACUGCUCAUCUUUUUUCUGCUCUUCAACGAAGAGGUAUAUUUCCCUUCAAGGAUGACGAAAGGAUCCAGAAAGGAGAUUCCAUUUCAGGAGAACUCAUUAAAGCAAUUGAGCAGUCCCGAAUUUCUAUGGUGGUCUUCUCCAAAAACUAUGCUGAUUCAACAUGGUGCUUGGAAGAACUAGCAAAGAUCUCUGAGGAAGUUUUAGAAUCAGGGCAGAUGGUUUUUCCAGUUUUCUAUGAUGUGGAUCCAUUAGAGGUACAAAAUCAGAGUGGCAAUUUCAAAGAAGCCUUUGAUAAACAUGAGCGAAACUACAGUGAUAACAUAGAGAAGGUACAAAGAUGGAGGAUAGCUUUGACUCAAGUUUCUAAUCUCUCUGGUUGGGAUGUAUGGACUAAAUCAGAGUCAGAAGUAAUUGAUAAAAUUGCUGAUGAAGCAAUAAGCAAAUUGGGGCAUAGAUUCUCAAGUUUUGCUGAUGAUCUUAUUGGGAUGCAAUCCCGAGUGGAAGCUUUAGAAAAGCUUCUAAAUUUAGAAUCUGACAAAGUUCGAGUUGUAGGCAUUUGGGGAAUGCCUGGAAUAGGGAAGACUACUCUAGCUGCAGUUUUGUACGACAAGAUCUCUCAUCAAUUUGAUGCUUCUAGUUUUCUCCUUGAUGUAGGAGGAGUUGCAAAACGCUUCAGUAUGUUUCACCUACACCGACAAGUCAUUUCUCAAAUAAUGUCAGAAAAAAAUCAGGAGGUACCAGAUGGUUAUGAGGGUAUGAAUAUCCUGAGACAGUGGCUUUCCUGCCAUAAAACUCUUAUUGUUGUUGAUAAUGUUGAGCAUGGACAUCAAUUGGAGUACUUGUCUAGAGAUUUUGUGUCGUUUGCCAAAGGAAGUAGAAUCAUCGUAACAUCUAGAGAUGAGGAUAUACUAGAAUCCUGUGAAGUGGAUGAAAUCUACAAGGUUGAACUUUUGAAGGAUCAUGAAGCUCUUCAACUUUUUUGUAGAAAAGCCUUCAACCGAGAUGAUCCCUUGAGUGAUUUUCAAGAGUUGACCCAUAGACUACUUCAAUAUGCCGGAGCCCUUCCAUUAGCAAUCAAAGUGCUAGGUUCCCAAUUGUUGAGAAAACAAAAGUCAGAGUGGAGUGCUGAGUUAGAAAGAUUGAAAGAAAUUCCAAACAAAGAUGUUAUGCAAGUUCUUGAAACAAGUUAUAAUCAGCUACGGACACUAGAAAAAGAAAUGUUUUUAGAUAUUGCUUGUUUCUUUAAUGGAUCAGAUGUGAACCAUGUUCACAAUAUCUUAGAAAAUUGUGGUUGUGGAUUAUAUGAUGUGAUGGGAAAUAUUACAAUUCUUUGUAAUCAAUCACUUAUAAAUAUUGUCAACGGAACACUCUGGAUGCAUGAUUUGUUGCUAGAACUGGGACGAAAAAUUGUUCGGGAAGAAUCUCCUGAACAUCCUGCAAAGAGAAGUAGGCUGUGGUCGUAUGAAGAUCUUCAAGUUCUAAAUAAAGGAACAAAAAAAGUAAAAGCAAUCGUUUUGCACCCAGAAGUUCCUCAAGAGGUCACAUUAAAGGCUGAAGUUUUAUCACAAAUGAGCUGCCUUAGACUCCUUAUACUGCCUAUUGUGAAGUCUUCAGGGAACCUGGGUUAUCUCUCCGAUGAAUUACAAUUUCUUUCAUGGAAGAAAUAUCCUUUUAGCUAUUUACCAUCAGGUUUUGAGCCAACAUGGCUUGUUGAAUUGGUCAUGCCUAACAGCGACCUAACACAACUAUGGGAAGGGAAAAAGGUUUUGCCCAGUUUGAGGAGCAUAGGUCUACGUGGUUCUAAAAGUCUAGUAAGGACGCCAGACUUUAGCGGGGUAAGAAAUCUUGUGGAACUAAAUCUAGAAGGAUGUAUCGGAUUAUUGCAAGUUCAUCCAUCUAUUGGGCAUCUUAAGCGGCUUCUAUCCUUGAAUUUGAGAAAUUGCACUCAUUUAACCAGUAUCCCUCAUAAAUUACUUCUUAUGAGUUCUCUUGAGACUCUGAACCUCUCUCAUUGUUCAAGUCCACAAAAUAUUUCAAGCACGAAGGAUCUCAAUAGGCCUGAACCCGCCUAUCAUUCAGAACCCCUGCAUCUUCAACAAACUAUGAUGGCAUCCACGUCAAAAGAGGCUUCUUCUAUUGCUGAAACUAAUUCCACUAAUAUCCGAGGCAGCUCAUCUUCAAUAAGGACCUGGAAAUAUGAAGUGUUUUUGAGUUUCAAAGGUGAUUACACUGAUCGCCACAGUUUCACUUCUCAUCUCUUUUGUGCUCUUCAACGAAAAGGUAUAUUUCCCUUUAGGGAUGACAAAAGGUUCCAGAAAGGAGAUUCUCUUUCCCAAGAGCUCAUUAAGGCAAUUGAGCAGUCUCGGAUUUUCAUUGUCGUCUUUUCCAGAAACUAUGUUAAUUCAACGCAGUGCUUGGAAGAAUUGGCAAAGAUCUCAGAGAGAAUUUUUGAUCCAAGAUACACUGUUGUACCGGUUUUCUAUGAUGUGGAUCCAUAUGAGAUACAAACUCAGAAAGGGAAUUUGAAAGAAGCCUUUGAAAAACAUGAGCAAAACUUAAGUGAUAAUAUAUCCCAUCAGAACUUAAUUGAUAAUCUAAAGAAGCUACAAAGAUGGAGACUAGCUUUGACUCGCGUUGCAAAUCAACCUGGUUGGGAUGUACGGACUGAAUCAGAGUCAGAAGCCAUUGAUAAGAUUGUUGAUGAAAUAGUGAGCAAAUUGGGUUAUAGAUUUUCAAGUUUGGCUGAUGAUCUUGUCGGGAUGCAAUCUCAUGUAGAAGCUUUAGAAAACCUUCUGAAUUUAGACUCAGAUGAAGUUCGAGUUGUAGAGAUUUGGGGAAUGCCCGGAAUAGGGAAGACAAGUCUUGCUGCAGUUAUGUAUGACAAGAUCUCUUACCAAUUUGAAGCUUCUUGUUUCCUUCUUGAUGUAGGUGGAGUUGCAGAAAGUUUUGGCAUGUUCCACCUACAUCGACAGGUCAUUUCUCAAAUAAUGCCAGAGAAUCAAUACGUGCCAGACGGUUAUGAGGGUAUGAAGAUCCUACGACAGUGGCUUUCCCGCCAUAAAACCCUUAUCGUUGUUGAUAAUGUUGAGCAUGAACAUCAAGUGGAGUACUUGUCUAGAGAUUUUGUGCCGUUUGCCGAAGGAAGUAGAAUAAUCAUUACAUCUAGAGGUGAGCAUAAACUAAAAUCCCCUGAAGUGGAUGAAAGCUACAAGGUUGAACUCUUGAAGGAUCAUGAAGCUCUUCAACUUUUUUGUAGAAAAGCCUUCAACCGAGAUGAUCCCUUGAGUGAUUUUCAAGAGUUGACCUAUAGUCUACUUCAAAAUAUCAAAGCCCUUCCAUUAGAAAUCAAAGUGUUAGGCUCCCAUUUGCUUGGAAAACAAAGAUCAGAGUGGAUCAAUGAGUUAGAAAGAUUGAAAGUUAUGGAAGUUCUUGAAACAAGUUAUGAUCAGCUUAAUGCAUUGGAUAAGAAAAUAUUUCUAGAUAUUGCUUGUUUCUUUAAUGGAGCAAAUGUGAACCAUGUUGAAAAUAUCCUAGACUCUUUAUAUCGGGAAUAUGAUUUUUAUGCCAAAAAUACAGUUCUCUAUGAUCAGUGACUCAUAAGCAUUGUCAAUGGAACACUUUGGAUGCAUGGUUUGUUGCAAGCACAAGGACAGAGAAUUGUUCGAGACGAGUCUCCUGAAAAUCCUGCAAAGAGGAGUAGGUUGUGGUCUUAUGAAGAUCUUCAAGUUCUAGACAAAGGAACAAAAAAAGUAAAAGCAAUCGUUUUGCACCCAGAAGUUCCUCAAGAGGUCACAUUAAAGGCUGAAGUUUUAUCACAAAUGAGCUGCCUUAGACUCCUUAUACUGCCUAUUGUGAGGUUUUCAGGAAACCUGGGUUAUCUCUCCAAUUAAUUACGAUUUCUUUCAUGGAAGAAAUAUCCUUUCAGCUAUUUACCGUCAGGUUUUGAGCGAACAUGGCUUGUUGAAUUGGUCAUGCCUAACAGCAACCUAACACAACUAUGGGAAGGGAAAAAGAUUCUGCAAUGCUUGAGAAGCAUAGAUCUACGUGGUUCUAAAAGUCUAGUCAAGGCUCCAGAUCUUAGUGGGGUAGAAAAUCUUGAGGAACUAAAUCUUGAGGGAUGUAUUGAAUUAUUGCAAGUUCAUCCAUCUAUUGGAGAUCUCAAAGGGCUCAUAUUCUUAAAUUUGAGGAACUGCAUUCGUUUAAUCAGUAUCCCAAAUAGCUUAUUCCUUAUGAGUUUUCUUGAAACCCUGAACCUUUCUCAUUGUUCAAGAUUGGAAAGUAUUUCAACUGUGAAAGAUCUCCAUACAAAUGAAGCCGAUGAUCACUCAAAAUCCCUGCAUCUUCAUCAAGCAUCUUGUUAGCCUUUCCGAGUGGAUAUCUUGAUAAUAACAAAAUUUUGAAAUUAUUUGUUUACUAAAUAGUUCUUUUCAUAUCUCGUUGAUUAUUGCAUAUGAUUUAUUGAGAUAUUAUUAUCAUUUCA